GUCCGGUGUUUCAGGGAGUCCUGAGGUUCAGGGACGAGGCGAGAUGGCGGAGGCCGCGGCGCUGGUGUGGAUUCGCGGCCCCGGCUUCGGGUGCAGAGCAGUGCGGUGUACUUCGGCUUGGUGCUGCGUCCGGGAUUUUAUCCAUCGAUACUGCCAAGAUCAGGAUGUUCCAGUAGAAUACUUCUUUGUGAAAUGCAAUGGAGCACUCAUUAACACCAGUGACACGGUGCAACAUGGAGCUGUUUAUAGUUUAGAACCCAGACUUCUUGGCGGAAAAGGAGGUUUUGGGUCUAUGCUCCGAGCACUUGGUGCUCAGAUUGAGAAGACAACCAAUAGAGAAGCUUGCCGGGAUCUCAGUGGAAGGAGACUACGAGACGUCAAUCAUGAAAAAGCAAUGGCUGAAUGGGUAAAACAACAAGCAGAGCGAGAGGCUGAAAAGGAGCAAAAACGGCUGGAGCGACUGCAGCGGAAGCUUGCAGAGCCCAAGCACUGUUUCACCAGCCCCGACUACCAGCAGCAGUGCCACGAGAUGGCUGAGCGCCUGGAGGAUUCUGUCCUCAAAGGGAUGCAGGCUGCUUCCAGCAAGAUGGUGUCAGCAGAAGUUAGUGAGCAUCGGAAACGGCAGCGGCCUCCCACAUCAGAAACAGACCAAGGAGCCAGUGCAGGGAAAAGGAAGUGCUUAUGGUAA